GAGCACGGCGAUCUUACGGAGGAGCACCGCCUCAGCAGCAGCUCCGGAGGCUUCUAGAAACAACGUGCACCGGGACAGUCAACCGGCAAACUCCCCCGCUCCUCCGCCCCACGCACGUUUCACGUUAUCAUCGUUUUUAAAGAAAAAUUGACUAGCAGCUAAAUGGCUAAGUGGGGCGAAGGGGACCCUCGCUGGAUCGUGGAGGAGCGAGCCGAUGCGACGAAUGUCAACAACUGGCACUGGACCGAACGAGACGCGACAAACUGGUCGUCGGACAAAUUGAAAGCGCUGCUGCUCGGGCUGAGCGUGGAGAACGACGAGGGGAGCUGCGAGGUGACGGAGGUCAGCAAGGUGGAGGGAGAGGCGUCGAUCAACAACCGCAAAGGGAAACUCAUCUUCUUUUACGAAUGGACCCUGAAGGCUACUUGGACCGGAAAGUCAAAAUUGGGAGUCGAGUACAAAGGAACCAUUGAAGUUCCAAAUCUCUCUGAUGAAAACGACAUGGAGGAUCUUGAUAUUUCUGUGUCGCUGAACAAAGACGAACCCGAAACGCCUCUGACCCACCUGAUGAGGACGAAAGGAGCCGAGCAGAUCCGCGAAACCCUGGGAAGCUACGUGGGCUAUUUAAAAACAGAGUUCACUCAGGGAAUGAUCCUGCCAACGGCCAACGGCAUGGCCAAGCUGCAGUCCACGUCACAGUCCAAAGCCAAGGUGGAUAAAACUCAGAUUUCCUCCUCAGGCAGCACGGCUGCUCCGGUCAACACCGGCGUCAAGAUCCCCACCUGCAAAUUCAGCAUGAGGGAAAAGUUCCUCACCUCACCAGCUGAUCUCUACAGGGUCUUCCUCCACCAGGAGAUGGUGCAGGCGUUCACUCACGCUCCGGCCUCGGUGGAAGGAGAGAAGGGCGGAAAGUUCCGUCUGCUAGAAGGAAACGUUUUCGGUGAAUUCACAGAGCUGAUACCCGAUGAGAAAAUAAUUAUGAAGUGGAGGUAUAACAACUGGCCCUCUGAGCACUACGCCACCAUCACCAUGACCUUCCUGGACCGGAGCAGCGAGACGGAGCUGAAGGUGGAGUGUCGGGGCGUCCCGGACCACGAGGAGGACCGGACGAAAGAGGGCUGGAAGAGAUACUACUUCGAGGCUAUCAAACAGACUUUUGGCUACGGAGCGCGGCUCUUCUGAAGACAUAAGGGGUUUAUUACUGUUUGUGCCGUUUCUCCUUCUCGGAUUUUCAAAACUUGGUGUCCUUCAAUAUCUCUGUGGCACAAAAAGACGACGACGUCCCCUGAUUAAAAAUCAUAGCGCGAGUUAAGAAAACGAAAAGAGACGAACGCGGGCAGGCCGACUGGCCGCCCGUCGAUGAGUGUAAAUGUUUUAAUUUCUGAACAUAUAUUUAAAAUCUAGGCUUGUUUUCUUCUCCACUUCAGUAUUUCCGUUCAGUUGGUCGUAGGAGUGUGAGCGGACUGUGCCUCUGGGGAAAAAAAACGAGGAAUGAAAUAAAGCAAAGAAAUAAUCUGUUGAACCACUAAUGCAAAUUGGCCUCUACUUCUAUAAAUAUGUAAUUAUUACAAGAGUGAAAAAUGAAUGGUUUGUUUUUCUUUUAUUUAGGGGAAGAAGAAAAAAAGAUGUUGAGUUGAAAAUUAAUGUUUUCUUAUUCUCUUUUUUUUUUUUUUACUUAAUUUUUCUCUUUACGUGUAACUGUAGUGACAAUGCAUGUUAAAGGCGAAACUGUCCGACGGAGGAAUGACCCACUGGAUUUGAAGCUCACGCGUGAAGUCUGUCUUUUGUCGCUAAGCAGUACUGUACCUUCAGUUGUGUCACAUUCAUACUUGAUUUCAUGCACGUUACGUUCAAGCAAAUGUUUGCAGUGUCGGAUCAUGAAAAGCAUUUCACUUCCUUCAGCAGGUAGCUAGCGUAGCAGCUAAUGAGAUGUUUGGUUUUUUUGCUCUAUUUGGCAUCAAAAUGAACAUUUCCAGUUAAAAAAGGAACUUUUUAGAACGCAAAGCGUCUAUUUAUUCAUCAUUUCAUCUCUCGCGCUGUAAGAAGAUUAGUUUCUCGGAAUAAAACCAAUCCCUGUA